UAUCUAUAAAUUAUUUAAACUAUAUUUUUUAUGCCUCAUGAAUUAAAUUCCCAUGAUUUUUAAUUGGAUUACGUGGAUAAUCUUAAUCUGGCUAUAAAAAAUGGUGGAGAAACUGUCAAAUUCGUAUAUAAAUGAAGUAGGCUGCGAACGUCCCCCUUUUAUAACCUCAAAAAUGCGCGAGAAGUAUUAACAUUCUGAUGGUGAAGUGAGCUAAUUUUAUUAUUUAAUUGGUGUUUAAGUGAACGGAUUAUCACAAUGCCUUCUAAAAAGAGAAAAUACAAUGCAAGGUUUCCUGCCGGGCGAAUCAAGAAGAUUAUGCAGACUGACGAGGAAGUGGGGAAAGUUGCCCAAGCUGUGCCAAUCAUAAUCUCUCGUACGUUGGAGCUGUUCGUCGAGUCGUUACUUGGCAAGGCGAUGCAGGUGACGGUGGCCCGGAGCGCGAAGACCCUCAGUCCUUCACACGUUAAGCAGUGCAUCCUCGCCGAGUCCAAGUUCGACUUUCUAAGAGACCUGGUCAAAAACAUCCCAGAUGUUUCGGCGGCCGAAGAGAAAGAAAUGAUGAGCGCAGAAAGUUCGCCAAAUUCCUCAAGAUUUUCAGACAUGACGGUUCCUCCUCGUAGAAUAGCAAGAGAAGACUCAAAUAGUUCGAGCAGUUCCGACGUCAAACUAGUAUGCAUUCAAACUCCUAAGGAUCCGCUAAAGCGAGCGCUAUCCACAGAAACCGACCUACCCCUAAAAACUCCAAAAACCGAAACCGUAACUUCAACCUCAAUAGAAACAGCCAUCGACCUAUCAAAGAAGGCUGUCGAAGAAAAACCGGUUGUUACCGCAAACUUUUACCAAGAAACGUUACUAACAGAUGAGGUGCAGCAUAGGAGCGUAAUCAAACUCAAUCCCACGUAUACGAGUCCUCAACCCUCAACAAGUUACACCCCAGAACCCUUAAAGAUAGAUAUGGUACCAAAACCAGCUGUCAUUGAGAAACCAGUAGUGACACCUAGGACACCAAUUACACCGGUCACGCCAAUACUAAAUAUAGAUUUUACUAAAAACUUUGCCAACCCAGAGAUAAAGCUACUGGAUACGGCGAUUACUGUGGGCGUGGCUAACGUUCCUAAGAGGGACACGAUUAGACAAGUCUACAGACAGAAUUCUAGGACAGCGAAGCCUGAAGUGAAGAAAAUAGAUGUGAAACCAGUCCAAGCUCAUCCAGUAGAUAUAGACAGUUUGAAUUCAGGCAACCUACAGAUAGAUGAAGACUAUGAUACCUGAAUAUGUUCGUAAGUUUGAUUGUUUUUGUUUUUCUUUUUGUUUGGCGCGGCGUUUGUUGUCCGUAUUUGUUUUUUUUUUAUUCUCCCGGCCUGUAUUAUGUGAUUUUAUUUCCCAUUUGGGAUGUUGACGGGGUAUGAAAAGUUUAAUCUAUUUUGUUCGUCAGUUGGAUGAUAUGAAAUGAGACAAGAUUUUCUUUGGUGAUUUACCAAAAAACUGCUUAGAUGAAGCGAAUUAAGAUUAGCAGUGUGGGCUUGUUACGUCACACACCGUAUUAUUUGGUAGGGACUUGUGACGUCACAUUACAUUUAAAAUCUUCGUUGCCACAUUUCAUAACUCCACUUGACAGACAUAUUUUUUUGUUAGUCAGCAUCCUAGAAUAGUAAUAGAAAUCAGUAGAACUAUGUUAUUAAACCACAUAAUAUUAUACAUUAACACACAAAAAGGACUUUGUAUAUCCUUACAAUGAGUAUUCGAUUUUAAUAUUGUACGAAUCAAUCAUAAAAAGUGUUUUAAUGGAUAAGUAGGUUCAAACUCUAACGUAUUUAUAUCUGUAACCCAAAAAUAUAAUAAUCAGUAUCCUAUAAUUGUAAGAAUUAAAAACCGAAUUGUGUAAAUUUAAGGGUAUAACACAACUUGAUACGGUCAGCAAAAAAGUCUAUAAACAAAGUAAUAUUUUCACAACACUGAAACUUAAAAAAAAAAAUACUAGGUUAAAAUAUAGUGGGAUGUGAACUUCCAAUCCCUUUUAAAGUAA